GUGAGAUUUUGAGUUACAUCCUAAAGUUAUCUAUUAACAAUGUGGGUGCUGAAGGGAACUGUGGCUUUCGCGUUUGCGGUACUGGUUGUGCUCCAGUGCGGAAGUCCCAUUCAAGGUGUUGACAUAAAUACGCCUGAGCAAGAACUCAAGUCUAUGGAAAGCACUGCGACCGCCAUUGAAACCACCCUCGAUAAAAAUUUGGAACGUGCGACACCGAAUGCAAAUGCGGCACUCACUAAAAUUCAAGCAAUGACAAGCUCCUAUUCCCAUCCAAGCAACGCUUGGAGGAAUUACGAGGUAAUGUUGAGCUCUGAGAUUGAGUGGGCUCAACACAAGCUCCGCGCCAGUCUCUGCAACCAGUACCAUCAGUUCAAGAAGUUCAUUGCUCAAAGGCCUCCUGUUGAUGCUACUCUUAGAGAGUGGAUGAAUUCUGCCGAGUACAAGUCGAAAACAGUCUUCCCUCAUUUAGAGGCAGAAAUCAUCGCUCCGUUGCUGAAAAACAAACAUAACAGGCAAAACCGUCUUUUACCAGUCCCGGAGUUAGAAACUAAAUCUAUCGCUGAGAAAAAACGAUUCUUUACACGACGCGUUCGAGAGCUAACCCACGCAAAUGAUCAAAAAAUGGAAGCUUUCGAAAAAGGGGCGAAAUCAGUUUUGGAUGCCUUGUACAAUGCAGUUUUGACGUCGAGUGGAAUGGACAGGGACCUGAGGGGUGAUUUAUCUAAGCCCUACAGCGUCGAAGAAAAAGCGGACGUGAUCCAACUUGGCCUUAACGUUGGUGAUGAUUUGAACUGCCCCAGACCUAAAAUUUGAACCGUUUCAUCUGCACUUCUGCCGCGAUAGCGAAGAGAGCCGUAAGUGCUAGAGUCCCUUUAUACCCAGAGUUAAGACAACUCACUUUUGGUUGGGCUGAAAGUGGCCUAAAAAAAAAUCCAAUUCU